UCACGGUCGCGGACGCCGUCGACGACGCCACUAUCGUCACUGCCGCCGAUGGUCAGUGUCUUCUUAGCAGCCGCCACGCGUACGAUGAACGCUCCACGAUCGGUUGGGGGUUCGCUAGCGUCGGUUCUUGGGUUCGCGCUCGUACUGGCCGUCGCCGCCGCCGAGUCCGAUUCAGCCGGACCUGACGCGUCCUCGCUGCAGACGACCGAGGCCACCGGGCCGGCUGAAGGUCGUGGACACUUCAAGAAGAUGAUGUUGAACCCGUACAUGCUGAUACCGCAGCUGAUCGCACUGGGCUUCGCGCCGAUCGUUCUCGCCAACCUCAAGAUGAUGGUCAUGUCGGCGCUGAUGAUCAACAACAUGGCCCUGAACGCGGCCAUUUUCAUGACCGUCCGGAACAUGGUGUUCGGUCCGCGGCCCAAGGUCAAGUACGUCAACCACGGUUAUCAUCACGACCACCAAAACCAACAUCAUCAUAGUCUUCGCCAAGAAGACAGCGAUCAUCCACACCACGACCACAACGACGAUGACGGUGUCCAAAGUCAUCACGCCAGAAAGAGCGAGCAACGCGCGUCGUCGAGAAGGACGCAUACGAGCAUAAAACGUCGCCGCCGCAAGACGCCGGAUACACAACCCAUCGCUGCUUUGUUGCGGCAACGACCGACUCCACCACCGCCGUUAAUUUAAAAACAUUAUUAUUUAUUUAUUCUUUAUUUUUUCAAGCGCCUUUUAAUAAUUUAUUCUAUUGUGUAAAUAUCGACUAUCUAGUCUAUUUAAUUUAUUAAUUUAUUUAUUCGCAUUUUAUUCGUACGGUCGAAUCAAAGCCCUGCAGAGGCAACCCCGGUGUCAUAUAUACUAUACAUAUAAUAUGUAAGUGCACACUGCACAUGUGCCGAGUUGUGUAAAAAAAAUCAUUUAACAUUUAAUGAAUCAAUACCUAGUCAGCUAUGAUAUACGUAUCAUAUGGUCCCUCAAACACGAUGUAGUUGCCCACGAUUGGUUCGUUUUGGUGAUGAAUUUUUUUUUUUUUUAUGCAACUCGGCAAUAGUUUAAUAACUGCAAAUACCAAUUAUAUAUGGCCAGGUAUAAAGUGCCAGAGUGGUGCACCUAGAGUGUUUCACGAAGAUUCGCUAGUAUAAGGAAUGCCAAAUGGACGUAUAUUACCCGGCGGUGACUUCAUACAUAAGACAUCUUCGUGAGAUAUUCUGUGAUCCGAAUGCACCUCAAGAUUAUAGUAUUAUAUAGGUUAGGAACGUGCUUGAUGACAUUAUUUCAUAUAGUAAACUGUUUGUCAACAUGCAAGGAAUACGUACCCCGCGUCUUAAGUUUAGCGAGAAAAGUGCCGAACGUCGCGCAAUAUUGUCAAAAUCGAGUUAGUGUUUUCAGAUAUUACCUUUAUAGGUAUAACCGUUCGUAGAAAAAAACAAUAUUUUUCCGAUAUGAA